AUGCAAGGUAGUUUAAUGAUUCCAACCAUAAACAUGCCUUCAAUGAUCGGAAGAAACAACAACAACGUUGGUGUCUUUGAAUUAUCUUCUUCUCUUUCUCUUUCCCAGCCAAACCUAAUGGAAGCUGGACAACUUCAUCAUCAUCAGCUUCUACCACUCGACAUGACACAGAACAACAACACUUCUGAAAGCGACGUUCAGAGAAUCCGUGAAGAUGAGUUCUUUGACAGUGCUACAAAAUCUGGUAACAGUGAGAAUCAAGAAGCGGCGAAUUCGGGUGGCGAAGAUCAAGAGCCUCGUGCUAAGAAAAAACGUUAUCAUCGUCAUACACAGCAUCAGAUCCAAGAAAUGGAAGCUUUCUUCAAGGAAUGUCCACAUCCAGAUGAUAAGCAAAGGAAGGAACUGAGUAGAGAGUUAGGGCUAGAGCCAUUGCAAGUGAAGUUUUGGUUUCAAAACAAACGUACUCAGAUGAAGACUCAACAGGAGAGGCAUGAGAAUACCGCGCUUCGAACUGAGAAUGAGAAGCUUCGUGCGGAUAACAUGAGGUUUCGAGAAGCUCUUAGUAAUGCUUCUUGUCCUAAUUGCGGUGGACCAACUGCGAUUGGAGAGAUGUCGUUUGAUGAACAUCAUCUGAGGCUCGAAAAUGCUCGACUAAGAGAAGAGAUUGAUAGGAUAUCUGCCAUUGCCGCAAAGUACGUAGGCAAACCGGUGGUGAGUUAUCCAUUACUCUCUCCUUCAUCCGGUACUCCUCGUCCUCUAGAACUCGGCAUUGGUGGUUUUGGAGGACAACCAGGACUGAGUGGAGGAGACAUGUACGGAGCUGGAGAUCUUCUUAGAUCAAUAAGUGGACCAACUGAAGCUGAUAAACCGAUGAUAAUUGAGCUAGCUGUUGCUGCUAUGGAGGAACUCAUUGGAAUGGCACAAAUGGGUGAUCCUCUUUGGUUAACUACACUUGAAGGUGCUUCCAUACUCAAUGAGGAGGAGUAUGUUCGGUCUUUUCCUCGAGGAAUUGGUCCAAAACCUGCUGGUUUUAAAUGCGAAGCUUCCAGAGAAACUUCUGUUGUCAUCAUGAAUCAUGUUAACCUUGUCGAAAUCCUCAUGGACGUGAACCAAUGGUCCACAGUUUUUUCUGGUAUUGUAUCAAGAGGAAUGACAUUGGAAGUGCUCUCAACUGGAGUAGCAGGGAAUUACAAUGGCGCAUUACAAGUGAUGACAGCUGAACUACAAGUACCUUCACCACUUGUGCCAACAAGAGAGAGUUAUUUUGUAAGGUAUUGUAAACAACAUGCUGAUGGAACUUGGGCAGUUGUGGACGUUUCGUUGGACAAUUUGCGCCCGAGUCCUUCUUCAAGAUCUAGAAGAAGGCCUUCUGGUUGCCUAAUUCAAGAAAUGCCUAAUGGCUACUCGAAGGUUAUAUGGGUUGAGCAUGUAGAAGUUGAUGAAAGGGGUGUUCAUAAUCUGUACAAACAACUUGUUAGCUCCGGGCAUGCAUUCGGCGCGAAACGUUGGAUUGCGACGUUAGAUCGACAAUGCGAAAGACUUGCUAGUGCCAUGGCCACAAACAUUCCCACAGUUGACGUUGGCGUGAUAACAAACCAAGAUGGGAGAAAGAGUAUGUUGAAACUAGCUGAAAGAAUGUGCAUAAGCUUUUGUGCUGGAGUGAGUGCUUCAACAGCUCACACAUGGACAACACUUUCCGGUACCGGAGCCGACGAUGUCCGCGUCAUGACCCGUAAGAGCGUGGACGAUCCAGGAAGACCAGCUGGCAUUGUUCUUAGUGCGGCAACUUCUUUUUGGCUUCCAGUUUCACCAAAAAGAGUUUUUGAAUUUCUCAGAGAUGAAAACUCAAGAAAUGAGUGGGAUAUUCUUUCUAAUGGUGGAGUUGUCCAAGAAAUGGCACAUAUUGCUAAUGGAAGAGAUACUGGAAACUGUGUUUCGCUACUUCGAGUGAAUAGUGCAAAUUCAAGCCAAAGCAACAUGUUGAUAUUGCAAGAGAGUUGCACAGACACAACAGGAUCAUUUGUGAUAUAUGCACCAGUGGACAUAGUUGCAAUGAAUGUGGUUCUAAAUGGAGGUGAUCCUGAUUAUGUUGCACUUCUUCCAUCUGGAUUUGCUAUAUUACCGGACGGAACAACUAAUGGAGGAAAUGGUGGUGGUGAAAGUGGUCAUGGUGGUGGUGGUUCUCUAUUGACUGUUGCAUUUCAAAUAUUGGUUGAUUCUGUUCCAACGGCAAAACUUUCUCUUGGAUCUGUUGCUACCGUUAAUAAUCUCAUUGCUUGUACUGUUGAGAGGAUUAAGGCCUCUUUGUCCGGUGAAGUUGCUUGA